CAGCACCUGCCCGUCAAUUGUACACCUGAGACUUGUAAUUUACCUUCACGACUAGGCUCCCGGAAGCCAUCAGCCAGGUUACCACAACAUCGGCGUAACAUAUGAGGCCGCCCGCAGUCAGUCUUCACAUUGGCACACCACCCGAAGGUUCGCCUCGCACCUCAUCCGAAUUUGAAGAGAUCCAGUACCCUGCAACGGACCGCUCGAGCUGGGCUUCGACUCCUCGUCCAGAGGAGGAACUGCCAUUGCACUACAUGACCGAAGACACAGCUCGCCGGAGGACACCACGCGGACCCAGCAGUAUCAACGGGAGCAUCGGACACCUCAAUCUCUCAGAGAAGGAAUACGAGGCGUAUGAUGAUGGAGGAAAGGACGUGUACUCAAAAAUGAAAGAUAUGAAGAGUCCGCUGGGGAGUGGCAAAAUAAGGCGUCCUCCGCCCCCGCCCCCAACAUCCGUGGGAGAGUUCUUCCAACAGAAUCUUGAACACAUACCUCCUAUCAUCUAUACGCUGUUGUCAUGUUGGACAAGAUUCUACAAAAUCGGGCAUUCUAACCUCGUCGUAUGGGAUGAGGCCCACUUCGGCAAGUUUGGGUCGUUCUACCUGAAACGCCAGUUCUAUUUCGAUGUCCACCCUCCUCUCGGCAAGAUGCUCGUUGGGCUUGCUGGACUCCUCUCAGGCUAUGACGGUCACUUCGACUUCGCCAGUGGUGCGGUCUACAACGACACUGUCCCGUACGUGGCCAUGCGGGUCAUGAUGGCGACGUUUGGAGUUGCCAUGGUUCCAUUAGGUUGGUAUACAGCCGUGGAGCUAGGUAUGAGUUGGCGGGCAUGCCAUUUGGUUGCCUUGAUGGUCCUUUGCGAUGUCGCCUGGUUGUGCAUAUCGCGGUUUAUUCUGCUGGACUCAAUGCUCCUGUUCUUCACGUUCACUACUGUCUUUUGUCUUACGAAAUUCCAUAAUCAGCAAUACCAAUCUUUCUCUUUUGACUGGUGGCUAUGGUUGUCCUUGACAGGUGUAUCCAUUGGCUGCGUCACCAGUAUCAAAUGGGUCGGACUCUUUGUGACCGCAUUAGUUGGAUUAUAUACGAUCGAAGAUCUCUGGGAGAAAUUUGGCGACACACGGAUGUCUUUGCGAGAUCAAGCAAGGCAUUGGGGUGCACGGAUUGCAUGCCUUAUUAUUCUCCCGACAAUCCUUUACAUGAGUUUCUUCAAGGUCCACUUCAUGAUCUUGAACCACUCGGGACCAGAUGAUGCGAAGAUGAGUUCUCUAUUCCAAGCAAAUCUUGUUGGCAACACACUGUAUCAAAAUCCUUUGGAGGUCGCCUUUGGCUCAAAGGUUACCCUGAAGAAUAUGGGAUGGGCCGGUGGUCUUUUGCAUUCCCAUGUGCAGACCUACCCUGUCGGAUCUAACCAGCAACAAGUGACGUGCUAUCAUUAUAAGGAUGAGAACAACGACUGGAUUAUCCUACCCCGCUGGGACGAGCCUGAGUACGACGCCGAUGGUCCAAUUCGGUUCCUCUCCGACGGCGAUGUCGUCCGGUUUAGCCAUGUGCCGACCAAACGCAACCUCCACUCACACCCUGUCACUGCGCCUGUUUCCAAACUCAACUGGGAGGUCUCUGGGUACGGUGAUGGGAAGAUCGGCGACUUGCAUGAUUACUGGGUUGUCGAGGUGGUUGAUGACCUUCAGCGCGGCUCGAAGAGUCAUGUGGACAAGAUCCACUCCCUCACAACUCGUUUGCGAUUCAAACAUCAGGCACUUGGGUGCUACCUACGCGCGGGCAACGAAAUUCUACCGCAAUGGGGCUUCAAGCAGAUUGAGGUCAGCUGUGACAAAGAAAACAACGCCAACGAUAUUCAUACAUACUGGAACGUCGAAACUCAUAUCAACGAGCGAUUGCCCGCGGGCGACCACAAGUUGUACAGCACGUCGUUCUUGCGGGACUUCUGGCAUCUCAACGUUGCCAUGAUGACGACGAAUAAUGCGCUUGUUCCAGACCCUGACAAGGAGGAUAUUCUUGCAUCGAAGCCAUUCGACUGGCCUUGGCUACGCCUUGGGUUGCGAAUGUGCGGGUGGGGAGCGAGCCAAGCCAAGUACUAUCUUCUUGGCACGCCCACGAUCUGGUGGGGUGGCACACUUAGUCUCUACGUUGCCGCACUGGCGUUCGCUGUAUACCUGCUCCGUAUGCAGCGCAAGUACGUUGACAUGGAUGCCAGAGAGUGGGAUCAUUUCCUCUAUGUAGGCAAGGUCGCUAUGCUUGGAUGGUUGUUACAUUUUGUGCCGUUCUUGAUAAUGGGCCGUGUGACCUACAUCCACCACUAUCUGCCUACGCUCUACUUCUCCGUACUGAUGGCAGCUCAUAUGCUUGACCACUUCGUGUUCACCUCGCGGCGCUUGACCGAACGAACAAAAUGGAUUGUGUUCGGCGUGACAACGUUCGCGGUCGUAGGCGUAUUCUGGUGGUUCAAGGGUGCUGCGUUUGGUAUCGAUGGUCCGAUCAGCAACCACUGGGGUCUUAAAUGGCUCUCGACGUGGAAUAUCUAUGAAGAGUAAUACCAUUAUUACUCUCGGCUUGCCUAUACUAUACCUUAUUUCCUCAUGGACGUUGUGCUGCGACCUUGUAGUAUUCCAGCAUACCACAAAAAAUGCUUAUUCCUUACGGUUCCUA